AUGAGGGCCUUUUUAGCUCUGAUGCUUAUAGCCAUGCUUUGUCUACCGCAGACGUCUGCUGCGAUUCAAAGCUCUUGCUGUAAACGUAAACGUAACAAUAUGAUUAUCAGUGCACGAAUUGAUGGCCCGAGAACCCCCGGAGGAGUUUCAGUGUCAGAUGUAGAGAGCAUCCCUACCCCGACACCAGCAGAGUCUGCGUCGCCGAUCGUGUAUCCGGACGAUAGUUCUAGUGCCUCGCCGUCAGUGGCCCUAUCGGCAUCACCAAGUGCUACACCAUCAAAGUCUCAAAUUCUGGGGCAAAUUUCAGGUUCACUCAUUGACCUGGGUUCUGGGUUAGGCAUUCCUAACGCCAAUGUGAUAUUAGUGGAUGUCGCAACGAAUGAAGCUAUAGGAACAGUCGCUACAGACGACAAUGGUCUGUAUGUUUUCCUUGAUCUACCCGUUGGCGAGUACAAUGUUAUCUCACCUGCGGAUGUCAAGGCAUUGCCUAUCGUGAGCGGGCCUCUUGACAGCAAUGGUCAGGACAGCGAUGGCAAGUUGUUCGAACAUGUGGUGACUAUCAACGCGGAGGAACCCACUGUAUCUAAUGUAGACUUCAAGUAUCUCAAGGACGCCACAAUUACCGGGACUGUGACUCUUAGUAACAACACCCAGAAUGACGCUUUAGUUGGCGCAACAGUGUCAGCUGUUUGUCUGGACGAUGAAACAAUUACCAUGGAGCCCGUCAAUACCGAUAUCAAUGGAAUGUACUCGUUCCUAGGUGUACCCGAUUGUAAUUGGGAAAUAGUGGUUCCAGACGAGUUCAACGGUUUCCCUAUCCAUUCAGAUGAUUCGACUGAACCGGGGGAGAAGAAAACAGUUCUCAUCGCACCAGAAGAUCGUGUUGGUAUUGCGAAUUUCGAAUACAUUCCCUUUGGAACAAUAUCUGGUUAUGUCUUCAACAGGGAUGACAAUACUACUGUUUCUGGUGUAGUUGUGCAAGCAUCAUGUAAUGGACUCAGUAGUGAGAGAACUACUGAUAGCGAAGGUUUCUACGAGUUCACCAGACUAAAUGAUUGCGAGUAUGCAAUUGUAGCACCACCUUCAAUAAAUACAGGCGUUUUUGAGGGCACCUUUGUUGAAGGGCCCGGUGACGGCGAUCUGUCGCAUCCGGUAAUCGUCGAUUCUGACAGUCGUGGGGAGGAGAAUGUAAACUACUACUACGAAACAGCACCGAAGGGAGCUUUGUCUGGCACUCUGAGAGAUUUCAUCACGAGAGAAGGAAUUGCGGGCCAAACCGUUGAAAUUGCUUGCAUUGAUGGUCCUAAUCGUGAUGUGUCGCGAAUUAAUACCGACAGUGAAGGUAACUAUAAGUUUACUGCUCUCGACUUCUGCACUUACUCUGUGCAGGCUCCUGGAGACACCGGUGAUGGGCGGGAAAUUGUUGUCGGACCUGAAGACGGAGUAGAUCCAAAGGAGUCUACAACCGUACCUCUUACCAAAGCUGUGCCUACUAAAACACAAGUCAAUUUCGAGUACUCUCUUCCAGAAGAACCAGCAAGCAUCACCGGAACAGUUACAUUAUUGCCUGGCAACGAGCCAAUCACCAGUGUGGAGGUCACCGCCACAUGCACAUCUGAUGUUAGUAUAACGAUGGCUCCAGUAACAACGGAUGCAAACGGUAUUUACACGUUUACCGAUGUGGUCGAUUGCGCUUGGACAAUCAGUGUGCCAACCGAGGUCGAUAACGUGCCUGUGAGCAGCCCGUCGGAUGUAACUGCCGUAAUUGAUCCAGCGAACAGAGAUAUCGAGGUCAAUUUCGAUUUCCAACCCAACGGAGUUAUUUCCGGUCGCACGUUGGAUGAUUUCGAUGAUUCAGCGAUUCCCGACAUGCUUGUCACCUUAGUUUGUACAGAGGAUGGUUCAAUGCAAUCGCAAAAGACAAACGCAGACGGAGAGUACUUAUUUACAGAACUCAAGGAUUGCAACUAUGUUGUGUCAGUUCCAUCAUCAUCUGAGGCAGUUGGGCCUAUUGUUUCCGGCCACGGCGAUACCGAGUCCCUAUAUGAAGGUACGGUGGUAAUUGACGAUGAUACUAAAUUGGCAGAAGACGUCAGUUUCAAAUACCUUUCGCAAGGCACAAUUGCUGGUAAGUUGCGUGAUCUCGUCUCGACGACUGGUAUCGCAGGCGAGCUAGUGACCGUGACGUGUGAGAGCAGGGGCAUCACCAAAGAAACGUACACUAACGCUUUGGGCGAGUACCGUUUCGACAACCUUGGAUAUUGUGAUUAUGUCGUAAAAGCUCCCGAAGCUGUUGCCGCAGUAGGUCCAGUAUUCAGUGGGUUCGACGGUUCGGACCCUACAUCUGAAGCCAAUGUGCCGAUCGAUAUUGAAACGCCAUCGGUGGGCGAAGUCAACUUUGAAUACACAGCAGUUGGAAGUAUAUCUGGAGUUGUCUUCGUGGAUGAGGAAGUAGCAGAUAAUGGACAGCCAGGAGUGGAUGUUGUAUUGACUUGCAAGGAGAACCCGGAGAUUCAAUUCACGACUUCAACUGCUGAUCGUGGAGUGUACACCUUUGUCGAUAUUCCACUUUGCACCUACACUGUAGAGGUGCCCACGGCUGUGGAUGGCAAGCCCAUCGAGAGCGGAUAUGAUGAGGAUGAUACUCCCGAGCUAGCUGAUGUCACAGUGUCUACAGAGACGCCUGCUGUAACGAACGUCAGCUUCCUGUAUAAGCUAGCACCAUCACCAUCAGCAACAGGCAGCCCCAGUCCUUCCGCUUCGAGGUACAUUCCCGGUACUGUCGCCGGAGUUGUCACCAUCGAAGGUACAGAAAUUGGGGUACCAGGAGUUGUUGUGACAGCGACAUGUGCAGAAGACGGUAUGGAGUACACCGCAACCUCUGGAAAUGAUGGAUCUUACACCUUAGGCAAUCUACCCGAUUGCGUGUACACCGUCAGUGUACCAGCAACCGAAGGCAAUGGAUGGCCUGUGGUAAGCACCGGUGUGACUGAGGUGGAGAUCAGCCCAGAGAACCGCACUGAGGAGGUGAAGUUCGAGUACACACCACUCGGAUCUAUCUCUGGAGCUACUCUAAGUGACUUUGACAAAACCACUCCUAUUGAGGGCGUGCUUGUUGAGUUGACAUGCGAAGGAGCCGAAACUCAGACCGCGACAUCGGAUGCCCUUGGAAAGUACAGUUUCACGGAGCUGCCACCUUGCACCUACACAGUCACAGUUCCCACUUCAGUCACCAAUGGAGGGGACCUCGUCUCAGGCCCCAGCGACAGCGACACUAGCGCGACUGAAGUUCACGAAGAAGUGAUUUCGGGUAAUGAUGUUAUUGAUGUAGACUUCUUCUACCUACCAGAAGGUACAAUUGCAGGAAAUCUACGGGACCAUGUGACUGAAGAGCCACUUGCUGGCGAGACGGUGACAAUGACGUGCUUGGAGAAUCCUGAUAUUACUUUCACAAAUGUUACUGACGCCGCCGGCAACUACGAGUUCACCAACUUGGUUGCCUGUUCAUAUAGAGUUGUGGCUCCCGAGACUUCAACUUCCGGACCUAUUUUCGCUGGACCAGAGGACCGCACCGAAGACAAUAAGGAAUUCAGCACCGUUGUUUACAUCAGCCCUGACAAUCCCGAGGAAGGCGAUGUUGACUUCACAUACACUGAGGUUGGCAGCGUGUCAGGAUCCAUCUUUGAGGACUCUGUCGCACCCGAGAAUGGAGAUAUUCCACUUUGCACAUAUGCCAUUGCCGUUCCCGAGGAGGUGAGCGUAGCGGAUGGAGUCAAGCCAAUCAACGAAGGUUACGACAGCGAUGUCACCAAGGCCGAAGCGGAUGUUACAAUCGAUUUAGUUCAGGCGGUUGUCACUGAUGUUGAUUUCAUAUACAAGGUGCCAGCUGUCAUUUCUGGAACGGUUACAGGUUACGAGGAUGGAGAAGGUAUCGAAAAUGUUACAGUGACUGUGACUUGCUCAACAGACAUGACUAUCAUGUAUGAAGCGAUCACGGAUGCAGAUGGAAAUUACACCAUUGACGAGAACAUGGAGGACUGUAAUUACAUCGUGACGGUGCCAGAGACCUUUAACGGGGAGCCUAUCGAGGGUCGCAGCGAGACGACGAUAAGCAUCACACCCACUGAUCGCACAGGAGAGGCGACUUUCACAUACGUUCCUCUUGGAACCAUUUCGGGACACACUCUCAAUGAUUUCGACCAAACACCUUUGGCCAACGUUGUUGUGACGUUGAGCUGCAAUGAUGUGGUUGAGGAGACUAGCACGGACGCUUCAGGUUUCUACAUCUUUGAGGACCUCAAAAAUUGCGAUUACGUUGUAGCCGCCCCAGCUUCAGUCAGUUCAGCUGAGUUUGAGGGUAUCAUUGUCAUCGGACCGGCCGAUGACGACGGCAAGAAGAGAGAACACACUGUUGGCAUCAACAGUGACUAUGUGGAGGAGGUGAAUGUUGAUUUCAAAUACCUUCCGCAAGGAACCAUUUCUGGUAACUUACGGGACUUUGCCAGUACUGAUGGCAUUGCAAAUCAGACUGUAACUCUAACUUGUUCCGAUCCCGUGGUAUCGACAUCGACACAGACCGAUGCGGCUGGUAACUACGAGUUCCUUGAUCUUGGAUACUGCGACUACACGGUUGCAGCCCCAACAUCGGUGGAUAAUGUUGGUGAUAUCUACGACGGACCUACAGACACUGAUGAUGUUCUUUCUUCUACCACUGUUGAGAUCUCAUUCGAAGAUCCAUCUGCGGGUGAAGUUGACUUUACCUAUUCAGAGGUCGGAACUAUCUCUGGAACUAUCUACGAGGACUUUGUCGAUGCGAACAAUGGAGCGGGGGAGGUUACGGUCACAAUACAAUGCACCGAUGCCAACAACUUCACGAUGAUAAGUGUGACUGGUGCGGAUGGAGCGUACGCUUUCAACGAUAUUCCACUAUGUGAAUAUGUUAUCUCUGUUCCCGACGAGGUGAGCGCGACUGAUGGCUCGAAGCCAAUUAAUGUAGGCUAUGACGCCGAUGAUACUAUGACCGAGGCGGAUGUUACCAUUAGUCUUGAUGUGCCGGAGGUCACUGGUGUUGACUUUGUAUACAAGGUUCCAGCUGUCGUUUCUGGCAUUGUAACAGGGUACGAAGAUGGUGCAGGAAUCGAGAACGUUACAGUAACUUUGACUUGCUCAACAGACAUGACUAUCGUAUAUGAAGCUAUUACGGAUGCUGAUGGAAGGUACACUAUUGACGAGGAUAUGGAGAACUGUGACUACACCGUGACCGUGCCAGAGACGUUCAACGGGGAGCCUAUCAAGGGUCCCAGCGAGACGACGGUGAGCAUUACGCCUACCGUUCGCACAGGAGAGGCGGACUUCGUGUACGUUCCUCUUGCGACCAUCUCCGGACAGGUAGUCAAUGAUUUCGACCAGUCGCCUUUGGCUGAUGUUGUCGUGGCAUUGAACUGCGAUGACGUUGAAGUGAACAGUACCACUACCGAUGGAUCAGGCAACUACGUAUUCGAGGACCUUGUAGACUGCGCAUACACAGUCACUGCACCAUUAUCUGUCAGCCAAAGCGACUUCGCAGGCAUCAUCACCGAUGGACCGGUUGAUGAGGAUGGUAGUGUGAGGGAGCACGAUGUUGUCAUUACUAGCGACAAUCUGAAUGUUGAAGACAUCGAUUUUGCGUAUCUUCCUCAGGGAAGCAUAUCAGGUACUCUUCAGAACUUUGUUACUGGAGAAGGAAUUGCCAACCAAGAUGUUGUUGUUACUUGCGAUGAGACCACGCCAGCCAUAACCAGGACCGAAACAACGGAUGCGGAUGGUCGUUACGAGUUUACUGGACUCGGCUACUGUAAUUUCACUCUUGUGGCACCUGUAAGUGUAGGCCCCGAUGGUGUCUUCGAGGGACCUGAAGACACGGAUGGCAUUGUGUCAUCUACCAGUGUCGAUGUUACCUUUGAGGACCCGACUGAAGUUGGCGUGGACUUCACUUACGCUGCGGUGGGCAGCAUUUCGGGUGGGAUAUACGAAGACUCAAUUGCUCCUACCAAUGGCGUCGAGGCGGUAGUGGUCACAUUGGUAUGCACUGAGAUGGACAACUACACGCUAACAAGCACAACAGAUGCCAACGGAGCGUACGACUUUAGCGAUAUUCCGCUAUGUCUGUAUAAUAUCUCUGUACCUGGAGAUGUGAGUGUGACUGGUGGAGUCAAGCCAAUCAAUAGUGGUUACGACAUCGACGACACCUUGACUGAGGCAGAUAUCAGCUUCGAUCUUGAAGAGAGUAUUGUCAACGAUGUUGAUUUCAUAUACAAGGUGCCAGCAGUCAUUUCCGGAAACGUGACUGCCUACUUGGACGGAGAAGGUAUUGAAAAUGUCACUGUGACUGCCACGUGCGCAGAGGACAUGUCGAUCGUGUACGACACCAUCACGGAUUCUUCUGGAGCUUAUGUCAUUGACCAGAAUAUGGUCGACUGCACAUACAUUGUGACGGUGCCAGAGACGUACAACGACGAGGUGAUCAAGGGUCCUAAGAACGUUUCGGUGAGCAUUUUGCCCGAUGUUCGUUCCGGAGAGGCGGACUUCUUAUACAUUCCUCUUGGAUCAAUUUCCGGACAUACCUUCAAUGAUUUCGAUCAAACACCUUUGGCCAACGUUAACCUGUCAUUGAUCUGCAAUGGUGUCGAGGUGGCAAGUGCCACCACCAAUGGUUCAGGUUAUUACAUUUUCGAGGAUAUUGUAGACUGUUCGUAUACUGUUGCCGCCCCACCUUCGGUCAGUCUAGACGCAUUCGAAGGUGUCAUUGUUAAUGGACCAAUCGAUGAGGAUGGUAAAGAGAGGGAACACGAUGUUAUAGUCAUCAGCGACGAUUUACACGAGGUGAAUGUUGAUUUCAAGUAUCUUCCGCAAGGCACCAUUGCUGGUAAUUUGCGGGAUUAUGUCAGCAACGCUCCCAUUGCAGAUCAGACUGUCACUCUAACAUGCUCUGAUCCCGAGAUAUCAAUGUCGAUCCAGACCGACGCGGACGGUAUGUACGAGUUCCAAGAUCUUGGAUACUGCGACUACACGAUCGUAGCGCCUGCAUCUGUUGGUAAUGUUGGUGAUAUCUACGAGGGACCCACGGACACGGAUGAGGUUCUAUGGUCUACUAUUGUUCCCAUUACAUUCGAGGAUCCCUCUGAGGGCGAAGUUGACUUCACCUACACGGAGGUUGGAAGUAUCACUGGUACACUAUAUGAGGACUUUGUUGAUGCGGACAAUGGGGUGGAUGCCACUACGGUUACAUUGCAAUGUACCGAUGUCAAUGACUUUAUUAUAACAACAGAGACAGAUGCCAAUGGCGAAUACUCCUUCCUUGAUAUUCCACUAUGUGCAUACGUUAUCUCUGUACCCGAUCAGAUAACCGGAAGCGGCGAAUCGAAUCCAAUCGCUCUCAUUGCUGAGGGCUACGACAGCGAUGACACUAAGGCUGAGGCGGAUGUUACCAUCGACCUUGUUCAACAAGAUGUCGCCGACGUUGAUUUCUUGUACAUUGUUCCUGCGGUCAUUUCUGGAAACAUUGUUGGUUACGAGGAUGGCGAGGGUAUCGGAAACGUCCCAGUGACUGCGACGUGUGUGGAAGAUCCGUCUAUCGUCUAUUCAGUUGUCACUGAGUCAAAUGGAGAUUAUAUUUUCACUGGAGAUGUCGAGAACUGUAACUACACCGUGACUGUACCAGAGACAUUCCUUGGAGAGCCGAUCAAGAGUUCCAGCGAAGGUACUGUGAGUAUCACGCCCAGCGAUCGCACAGGAGAUGUAGACUACGUCUACAUCCCUCUCGGAAUCAUUUCCGGAAACGUACUGGAUGAUUUCGACCAGUCGCCUUUGGCGAACGUUGACUUGGUAUUGAGUUGCGAUGGUGUUGUGGUGAAUACCACCACAACAGACGCGGACGGUUAUUAUAUCUUUGACGAUCUUCUGGACUGUGCUUACACUGUCACUGCUCCCCAGGAUAUCAAUAUCACUGAUUAUGAGGCCGUCAUGACAACGGGACCAACUGAUGAGGACGGUAUCCUUUGGCAGCACGAUGUUGAAAUCUAUGAGGACAACUUGUUUGUGGACGUAGAUUUCGCAUACACGAAGCAAGGUAGCAUAUCUGGUACUCUUCUGAACUAUGUCAGUGGAGAUGGAAUCGCAGGCCAAGAUGUUGUGCUAACUUGCGCGGAUUCUUCCCCGGUUCUUUUCCGUACCGUCACGACAGAUGCAGAUGGUUUCUACAAUUUCACUGGACUCGGCUUCUGCGAUUUCACAAUCGUGGCACCUGCCAUUGUGGACUCCGAUGGCGCCAUUUUCGAUGGUCCCAUCGACACAGACGAAGUUCUGUAUUCUACCACGGUCGAACUCACUCCCUCGAAUCUAUCUGAAAAUGAGGUCGACUACUUAUACACAGCGGUAGGCAGUAUCUCAGGUUCCGUGUUCGAGAAUAAUGUGGACCCAACUAGUGGUGUGGCUGGAGUACCGAUUACGUUGACAUGUACUGAAUCAGACAACAUCACAUACACAAUCGAAUCGGACGAGAAUGGAGACUAUUCCUUCGACAACGUUCCCGUUUGUGCAUACAUUGUCUCCAUACCCCAAGUGUUGAAUGGAACUGAUGGAGAGUGCCCCUGUCCUACACUCAAUAAUACUGAGCUCCAGAUACCCGUUGUUCUCACAGUCACAGAAAACGAAGUGACUGAUGUUGAUUUCUUAUAUACCUUGCCAGCAGUCAUUUCCGGCACCAUUUUAGGACAUGAGGAUGGCGUUGGUAUCGAAGGUGUCCCUGUGACUGCUACGUGUGCUGAAGAUCCGUCUAAUGUUAUCGUAGUGUAUACCGAUGCGAAUGGAAAUUACAGCAUGAAUGAUGUCGCGGACUGCACAUACUUCAUAAAUGUGCCGGAGGAAUUCGAGGGAGAACCUAUUUUGGGCCAAAAUAUGACAUAUGUGAGCAUUACAACCAUUGAUCGAACAGCAGAGGAGGACUUCAUCUAUUUCCCGACGACUGGAAGAGUCUCUGGACACAUUCUCAGUGACUUCGACCAAUCGCCUAUAGCUGAUGUCACUGUUGUUUCAUAUUCGAACUGUGAUGGUACGGUAACAAAUACCACCACAGAUAGCGAGGGUUAUUACGCCUUUGAAAACCUUGAACUUGCCGAAUGUACAUACACUAUUACUGCUCUACCUGCCAUUAGGUCAUCUACGUUCGGCGGAGCUAUUUCCACGGGACCUAUUGAUGCUGAUAGCAUCAUUACAAAUCACGAUGUCACCAUUUCUUCCGAAGAUCGAGCCGGAGACGAUAUUGAUUUCUUAUACACGCCUGAGGGUACCAUUUCUGGUAAUCUUCAGGACUACGUCACCAGUGACGGCAUUGCAAACCAAAAUGUCACCCUGACGUGUGCUGAAUCCGGAGUAAGUAAGUGGACACAGACCGACGCAGAUGGUAACUUCUUGUUUGUCAACCUUGGAUAUUGUGACUUCACUGUCGUGGUACCCGAAACGGUACCAUACGGUGGUGGUGUCUAUUCGGGACCCGAAGACGGCGAUGGUGACGUUUCGUCUACUACAGUUCCUGUCACAUUCGCGAACCAAUCUGUAAAGGAUGUAAACUUCAAGUACGGAGAGUUGGGAAGCAUUUCAGGAGUCAUCUACGAGGACUCUGCUGCUGAGGGCAAUGGAGUUGGUGGCGUAACGGUCACACUGGUCUGCACUGAUGCUAUCGAUGUCAAACUAACAACGGUAACGGAUGCGAAUGGAGAGUACAAUUUCGACGAUAUUCUGCUUUGUCCGUACACUAUUAACGUACCUGAAGAGGUGAGCGCAACUGGUGGACUAAAGCCAAUAUUCGACGGCUAUGAUAGCGAUCUUACUUUGAUUGAGGCGUCGGUCCCCAUUAGUGUUGACGAGAGGGACCUUACAAAUGUCGAUUUUGUAUACAAGGUUCCAGCAGUCAUCUCGGGAGUUGUAGCAGGUGAAACUGGGUCUCUUUCAGGAGUUCCUGUAAGUGUGACGUGUGCAGAGACGCCGUCUGUUGUAUAUGAUGUCGUCACAGAUGUGACUGGAUCUUACUUCAUCAACGAUGUCCCUGACUGUACCUACUCUGUGACAAUACAAGAGGUGUUCGAAGGCCAAGUUGUCCAGACCAAUAUCGAUACUGUGAGUAUCACGUCCGCUGUUCGCACGGCAGAAUCUUCGUUCCUAUACACACUCAUCCCCCCAGCGGUAAUCUCUGGAACGGUGACUGGAGCGACUGGAGUUGGUAUUGCAGGUACUACUGUAACUGCGACUUGCCUCAAUGAUACAUCUAUCGUAUACUCAACCGUUACGGAUGCUACCGGAGCUUACAACAUCGCUAAUUCGAUCGAGGAUUGCACAUAUUCAGUGUCGGUACCUGAGACGAUUAACGGAGAGUCUAUCACUAGUCUCUCUGAGGAAAUUGUGACCAUCACGGCUACUGCCCGUACUGGGAUAGCUGAAUACGUGUACGGACCUCCAGCAGUUAUCUCUGGAAUGGUGACCGGAAAGGAUGGAGCUGGUAUCGCAGGUACUACUGUAACUGCGACUUGCGUCAAUGAUACAUCUAUCAUAUACACAACCGUUACGGAUGCUACCGGAGCUUACAGCAUCGCUGACUCGAUUAAGGACUGUACAUAUUUAGUGUCGGUACCUGAGACGUUCAACGGAGAGCCUAUCAGUAGUGUCUCUGGGGAAUUUGUAUCCAUCACGUCUACUGUCCGCACUGGGGUAGCUGACUACGUGUACGGACCUCGCGGAAUUAUCUCAGGAUACACGCUCAAUGACUACGACCAGAGUGCGCUGGCUAGUGUUCCCGUUACUCUAACAUGUAACGGUGUUAUACUGAUGACCGUCAGUGAUGCAACUGGAUACUAUAUGUUCGAUGAUCUUUACGACUGUGACUACCUUGUCACCGUGCCACCCACUGUCACUACCUCUGCUUUCAAUGGCAUUGUUGUUGGUGGGACCGUCCUGAAUGGAUCGGCAGAGCAGCAAAGCGUAAUAAUUGAUAUCAACAAUGCCAUAGAGGAGAACGUUGAUUUCAAGUACUUGCAUCAAAACGCCAUCGCCGGAAGUCUGAAGGAUGCCGUUACUGGAGCUGCUAUCGCGAAUCAAACCGUCACACUGACUUGUGCAGAUCCUAGCAUCGAGGAGACCACCGUGACAGAUGCUAAUGGUAACUACGAGUUCAAUGAACUAGCUUUCUGCAUCUAUUCUGUUGUUGCGCCAUCUUCGGUGGAUUCCGUUGGUGCAAUCUACGGUGGACCGAUCGACACCGACAAUUUGCUAUCGUCAACGGAAGUUAUCAUUUCGAUGGCCUCCCAGUCGGUGGGUGAAGUCGAUUUCGAGUACGGGUCGACCGGCAGUAUUUCUGGUUACGUACGAGAGGAGGACGCGACUGGUGCUAUUGUUGGUGGAGUUGAAAAUGUCCCAGUUACUGCGACAUGCCAAGAGAAUCCAUUACUCACAUUUGAGGUCCCCGCCACUGGUGUCGAUGGUGCUUACACGUUCCCGUCGCUUCCGAUUUGCACGUACAAUAUCUCUGUACCGAGCAAUGUGACUGACCCCGCUGAUAGCACUAACAUUCUGCAGAUUAUAAAUGGCGCCACCGAUGGAGGUGAUGCCGAAGCUACGACCUCAGUCAUAUUGUCCGUGCUAGAGAAUAUCCAAACCGAUGUGGACUUCGGCUAUCAGUCAGCAGGAGAGUGUAUCUCUGGCAUUGUCUCAGCUAUUGAUUCGGAUACACAGCUUGGUGGUGAAACAAUCAAAAUCACAUGUGAUGAUGGCUUUACCCAGACGACGGUUACCAAUGACCUUGGCGUCUACUCGUUCAAUGACGUGCCCCCUACUGCCGUAUGCGAGAUUACUUUCGCCGAUGAGCCUAAUACUGUGGAGAUAGACUUCAAGGAUAGCUCAGCUGAGUGCAUUGCGCCUGCGCCUAGUCCGACACCAACGGCAUCGCCGUCACCCGCGGAUCUGGCGCCAGUCGGAACAUCAACAACUCCUAGUCCAGUGCAGUCGCCAUCGCAAUCACCAGCAUCAUCACCAGCAGCUAGUCCAACCGCGUCACCCGCAGCUGAGGGUGAGAGUGCGGCUGGAGAAUGUGUUUCCGGAACCGUAUCCGAUGUUGAUACUGAUGAACCACUGCCAAAUAUUCCUAUAACGGUCCUUUGUACGGACGGCUUUACGCAGACGGUCACUACUGAUGAGCUCGGCGAGUACGCCUUCAACAAUGUGCCUGCCGCUUCGUCCUGUGACAUUACGAUCGAUGACUCUGCAUCUCUUGUUGCAUUUGUCGUUGGAGACGACACAACAGCAGAGUGCAUUGCGACAGAAUCAUCGCCAUCGCCAACGCCGAGUGUGAAUGAGGAACCUAGUCCAACGCCAACCGCUUCACCAGCAGCUGGUGAUUGUGUUUCUGGAACCGUAACUGAUGUUGUUACUGAUGAACCACUGCCAAAUGUUCUUGUAACGAUGCUUUGUGUGGACGGCUAUACGCAGACAGUCACUACUGAUGAGCUCGGUGAGUACGUCUUCGACGCUGUGCCUUCCGUUUCGUCCUGUGACGUUACGAUCGCUGAUGACUCUGCGUCUCCUGUUGGAUUUGUCCUUGAAGACGACUCACUACAGUGCAUUGCAUCAUCAGCUAGUCCAGACCCAGUCACGUCACCAGCGGCUGCUACUGUGGCUAGACGAUAG